AUGCCAAAUCAGCCGCCCACAGACUCUGUCGUCGCCCGUCGUGGCCGCUCCCGCCAGGUCUCUGACUCCGCCCUUGCCCGACAGGCCUCUGAGGAGCGCCGCAUACACCGCAAGCUCUUUGUCUUCGACGACGACAACGACAACGACAACGACAGCGACAUGCAUACACACGCCCUCCCCAUCGUUGCCCCCAUGCCUAUGCGCGCCGCAUAUGCGCCCCCCUUUAUGCGCUCUGCGUCCCCGUCCCCCCCGAGCUCGGCCUCCAUGUCCCCCGACUACUACGACUCCCCGCCGUCCCCCCCGCUCUCCCUCUCUCUCGAGGACCAGGUCCACGCCGCCUGGGCCGUCGAUGACAUACAUCUCGCCAAGAUCCUGCUGCUGCGCCUCAAGGGCAUCGAGGUCACUUCGGACGACGAUCCGCGCAUCGCAGCGGUGCAGGACGAGGACUUUGACUUUUGCUUCAUGCCACACGGGGCACUGCUGGACGAGCGGGACGAGAAGCGGAUGCGGGAGUUGCAGGCAGAGGAGAUGGCGCGGCUGGAGGAGCGACGGCGGGUGGAGCGGCUGAGGGCGUGCGAGCGCAAAUGGGAGGAGGAGAAGCGUCGGCUGCGGGAUGAACGGGUAGCUGUUCUGCGGCGGAAGGUGAAGAAGAAGCUGGCGGACGAGCACGAGACACGGCGGGCGGCAGAUGAGGAGCGCCGGCGCACAAAGCGGAACAGCAGCCGCAAGAUCGUCUCUUUCCAGCACCCUCAACCCGCUCCCCGCCAGCCCCAGCCCCAGUCCCAGUCCCAGCCCCAUCCCCAGUCCCAGACUCGUACUCCCUUUGUCUACGACUUUCCCAGUCCCACCUCGAGCUGCCCAAGCACUCCGCCCCGCACUCCGCCCCUCGCCGCAAAACAAAUUCAAGCCCCGCCCUCUCUCGACGAGGCGCUUGCCGUCUCCUUUGCCGAUGUCCUCAAGAGCAUGCAGGGCGCCCUCUUCCCACAUGACUAUGAUCUCCGCCGCCGCCGCUCUCCAAGUCCCACCCGCACCCGCACCCGCACCCGCACCCGCAGCCAGCGCAGGAAGGAGCGCCUCCUCGACGCCCUCCUCGUCGAGAUCGAGUACAGCGAGGAGGAGCGCCGCAAGCGCAAGGGUAAGCAGCGCGCCCUCCCCCGCCGCGCACUCUUCCCGCCCUGUCCCGCCUGCAGCAGCAUUGCCCCUUCACCGCCCCCGCUCUCCCCUGCCCUCUCCACCUCCUCCUCGUCCUCCAUUCCGCGCACGUCCUCAUGGCUCUCCUUCCGCAAUUCAUCUGCGUCCUCAUCGACGACCGAUCUCACCACACCAUCCUCGUCCCCCCUCUCCUCAACGAAAUCGAACUGGUUUAACUCGCCUAGACCCAAGUCGUGGCUGGCGGACCACCAGUCGCUGCGUCACUCGUGUCGGCCCCAUUCGCUAACACCGGUGUUACCCGCAGACUCGCCGCUGCCCAUCGAACUACCCAGUGCCCCCAAACCGGCACCCAUCUCCCAUCUAGGCCGCCAGCGGAGUACCAGCGCCGUGCGCGCUACCCAGGAUGGGGCAGGCACGCUGGUCCGGCGGAUGUCCAAGUUUGUGGAGCUUGCAAAGGGCUUCCAGAAUGCAUACGUGACGACGGCGCUGUUUAGUGUGGCGGCUUCGUACGAUAAUUUUGAAGACCGAAACGUCGAUGGGCCGGGCAAGACUGUGGUAUCUGACGAUCGUGCACCACCGCAGAGCCGUCCUAAACUUAGACCGGCAGGUUAUCGCGUGUCCUCCACGGAUGUCGCCAUCUUCCUCGACCCAACACCCCUCAUGCUCAACUCCUCCCAGAUAGCCAACGAUAUAGCCAAGUCUGCCUCUACUCCCCGCUACAUUCCCCUCACAUCUCCCUUUCCUUCCAAUGGCUCUCCCCGCACAGUCCUCCCUGACCCCCUCCCCUACCGUCUCUACUUCAAGCCCGUCCCUGCCCCUACUCGCUCCCCUUUCCGCUUCAAUGCACUCUCCGAGCUCCACACCAUGUAUCCCUCCUCCGAUUACUCGGCCUCGGCUAACCGCAUCCCCGGCCAGGUCAGCUGGCGCAUACGCAGCGUCGGCAACCCCGUCCACCUCAGACUCAAGGCGCUUCACAACAUCAUGUGGAAGCGCGGCGUCCAGUGGGAGGGCAUUGCCAGGGAGACGGCGCUCGGUGGAGGCAGAGAGCGUGUGGUCGGCGUGGCGUAUGAGGGCAUUGGACGCAGCUUGCUUACCCGUUCUGCGUCGUCUGUACCUGUGUCGCUGGCACCGUCAUCGUCGUCAGAAGCAUAA